CCGUUUAGGCGGUAAUGUGGACGCUCAGCCGUGGGCUCAGGCGCGGGGGUCCAGAAGGCCGGCCCCCCGCGCGCGGUAGCGUAGGCGCGUGGCGGGAGCGGUGAGGAGGCGGCAGCGGGCGCCGCUGACUGGAAGGCGGCGCCUCCCCCCUCACAGCAGGCCGGGCGCGGGGCUGGAUGAAUGGAGCGGGGGAGCCAGCGGGCUGCGGCGGAGGGAGCGGCGGGGCCUGCGCGCCGGAAGUGAGCGGCCGGGGAGAGCCCGGCGCGGCGGGGCUGAGGCUGAGUCAGGCACUGGGGCGUGGGGAGAAGACGCGCCGCAGCCUCCGGCCAGGGACGCGCUCGGGCUGCCAGGCGGGGGCGGCUCCGCGCUGAGCGAAGGGGCCGGGAAGCGCCUGGGGGAGCCGCCGGCGCCGCGCUGCCACCAUUAGCCGGGCGGCGAGAGGAGGAGCCGGGGGAGCCGCCGCCGCGUGUUACUCAACUCACACGUGGAACAGACAACUCUAGAGUGAAAGAUGGAGCAAUUAUCAGAUGAAGAACUUGAUCAUGGUGCAGAAGAAGAUAGUGAUAAGGAAGACCAAGAUCUGGACAAGAUGUUUGGACAAUGGCUUGGGGAGCUGGACAAACUCACACAGAGUUUGGAUACGGACAAGCCCAUGGAGCCAGUAAAGAAAUCCCCUCUUCGCCAAGAAACCAACAUUGCCAAUUUCUCCUAUCGCUUCUCCAUGUACAAUUUGAAUGAAGCCCUGAAUCAGGGGGAGACUGUGGAUCUGGAUGCCCUCAUGGCCGAUCUUUGUUCCAUAGAGCAGGAGCUCAGCAGCAUUGGGUCACAAUCAGCAAAUAGUGCUGCAAUGAAGCGUCUAGCCACAGAAACAAAAGUAGCUCAGAAACCACCUGCUGGUCGACUUUCCUCUAAACACAGCAGUAUAAAAGGAUCCUCCUCUUCAUCUGGUAGGGUAACUAAGCCUUCAAAUGCCAACUUUUCCUUGGAGGACAUUACUGCCCAGUUAGAGAAGGCUUCUAUGAGCAUGGAUGAAGCAGCCCAGCAAUCUGUAAUGGAAGAUGCUAAACCUGUAGUUACUGCUCAGCAUAGGAGGACAGCAUCAGCUGGCACAGUGAGUGAUACUGAAGUGCGCUCGAUCAGUAACUCAUCCCGUUCCAGCAUAACCUCUGCAGCAUCCAGCAUGGACUCCUUGGAUAUUGAUAAAAUGACAAGACCUCAGGAACUGGAUUUGACACAGCAAGGGCAACCCAUUACUGAGCAUAAUGUUUCUGUGGGACAUCCCAUCAAGCAGUCCAAGCGUCACAUUGACUUCACAGAAGAGGAGGCUGAGCUGACUCCUCACUCCUAUUUGGACAGGGAAACAUCCCUUCUUCUGAGAAACAUUGCAGGAAAGCCUUCUCAUUUGCUGACCAAGGAAGAGCAGGCUGCUAAACUGAAAGCUGAGAAGAUCAGGGUUGCUUUGGAAAAGAUUAAAGAGGCACAAGUGAAAAAGCUGGUAAUCAGAGUUCACAUGUCUGAUGAUAGCUCCAAAACUAUGAUGGUGGAUGAGAGACAGACAGUAAGACAAGUACUGGACAAUCUGAUGGACAAAUCCCACUGUGGCUACAGUUUAGACUGGUCACUGGUAGAAACCAUAUCUGAAUUACAAAUGGAAAGAAUCUUCGAGGACCAUGAAAAUUUAGUUGAAAAUCUUCUAAACUGGACCAGAGACAGUCAAAACAAACUUAUAUUUGUGGAACGUAUAGAAAAAUAUGCACUUUUCAAAAAUCCCCAGAACUACCUGCUGGGGAAAAAAGAAACCUCUGAGAUGGCAGACAGAAAUAAAGAAGUGCUGCUGGAGGAAUGUUUUUGUGGAAGUUCUGUAACUGUGCCAGAAAUAGAGGGAGUCCUGUGGCUGAAAGAUGAUGGCAAGAAGUCUUGGAAGAAGCGUUAUUUUCUUUUGCGAGCUUCUGGAAUCUACUAUGUCCCUAAAGGAAAAGCAAAGGUCUCGCGAGAUCUGGUGUGCUUUCUUCAGCUAGAUCAUGUCAAUGUUUACUACGGACAGGACUAUCGGAACAAGUACAAAGCACCUACAGAUUACUGUUUAGUGCUGAAGCACCCUCAGAUUCAGAAGAAGUCUCAGUAUAUCAAAUAUCUCUGCUGUGAUGAUGUGAGAACUCUACACCAGUGGAUAAAUGGCAUCCGUAUUGCUAAGUAUGGGAAGCAACUGUAUGUGAACUACCAGGAAGCCCUGAAGAGGACAGAGUCAGCAUAUGACUGGACUUCCUUGUCAAGCUCCAGUAUCAAGUCAGGAUCCAGCUCUUCCAGUUUACCAGAGUCUCAGUCAAAUCACUCUAAUCAAUCUGACAGUGGAGUUUCUGACACCCAACCAACUGGCCAUGUCCGUUCCCAAAGUAUUGUCAGCUCUAUCUUCUCUGAGGCCUGGAAGCGAGGCACUCAGCUGGAAGAGUCCAGCAAGGCCAAAAUGGAGUCUGUGAGCCGACCCUUCACUUCACUUGCACCUGCCAUGUCCCCACAAAUUAAAGUGGCUACCCCAUACACAGCUUCUCAGCCAUCGCCUCCCCUUCCACCACCCCCACCGCCACCACCACCCCCUCCUCCACCCCCUCCUCCGCCACCACCCCCGCCUCUUCCCAGCCAGUCUACGCCUUCGACCGGCUCAGCAGCCCCCCUGUUUGUCAAGUACAGCACGAUCACGAGGCUGCAGAAUGCCUCCCAGCAUGCUGGGCCUCUCUUUAAACCUCCCCCCAUCACCCAGCAAAUGCCACCACCCCCAGCGCUGGGAAAACUGCCCAUGCUGGUGGCUCCCCCUCCUCCCCCACCUCCUCCUCCACCUACCCCCGGAUCAGCUAUGGCACAGCUGAAACCAGCCCCCUGCCCCCCGUCAGUGCCACCGUUCACCCCACCACCACCCCCUCUCAAAAUCCAUCAGGUUCCACAGAACGUUACUCCAGUGGCUGUGUCAUCACCACCCCCUCUACCUCCCCCUGUGCCUGCAGCGCCUCCCCCCCCAGCCCCUCCUAAACCCCUCCUACCUGUCCCCACGCAGGCAAGUGCAAAGGCAGCAUCGCCCAUCGUGACCAACAUCCCGCCACCCGGGCCCAUUCCCCCUCCUCCUGCAAUAAAAAAGCAGCCAAAUUUCACAGCUUCCCAAGUUCCUCCACCAGCACCUGUUCCUCCAGGGCCUACUCCCCCACCCACCUUACCAAAACAGCAGAGUUUCUCUGUUAAACCUCCCCCAUCCCCUCAGUCUCCUGUGCCCUCUGUUGUGAAGCAGAUAGCCAGUCAGUUUCCACCUCCCCCGACCCCUCCAGCCACAGAGCCUCAGCCUUUAAAGCCUGUCCCAGUAAGUGGGGCGCCACAGUCUCCCCCAGCAGUGAAAGCAAAGCCCAAGUGGCAGCCCACCUCUGCUCCAUCUCCUGAUUUUCCUCCUCCACCACCUGAGAGCAGCUUAGUGUUUCCUCUGCCACCUUCCCCAGCUCCCUCUGCAGCUUCUCCUACCCUGGACAAGGCGGGAUCUCCAGUCAAAAAGGCCAGCAAGACCUCAAGUCCUGGAGGGAAGAAACCACCUCCAACACCUCAACGAAACUCUAGCAUCAAAUCCAGCAGCUCUGCUGAGUAUCAUGAAUCUAAGAGACCUUCGGUGGACAGCCUUGUCAGCAAAUUUGCACAUCCACCAGAGCCUUCAGGAUCUUCUUCCAAGGAGCCUCCACCUCCUCCUGCAGCUCCUCCAAAGCCAGGAAAGCUAAAUCUUUCUGGGGUGAAUCUGCCUAUAGUUCUUCAGCAAGGAGGUAUUUCAGCAAAGGUACCUGCAGUAGGAGUGUCUGGGAAGGAUUCCAUGGUAGAAUUUCCUUCUCCUCCAUCCGAUUCAGACUUUCCACCACCUCCACCAGAAAUAGAUCUGCCUUUACCACCAGUAGAGAUCCCAUCCGUGUUUUCAGGUAGCACCUCUCCAAAAGUUGCUGUUGUUAAUCCGCAGCCUCAGCCCUGGUCUAAAUCAUCAGUGAAAAAAGCCCCUCCGCCCACACGUCCCAAGCGGAAUGACAGCACCCGGCUUACGCAGGCAGAAAUCAUGGAAUCACAGGGGCCGGUCAGUCCACAAGUGCCCACCUCGCCCAAGUCCAGCCUUAGUGUUCAGCCUGGCUUCCUGGCAGACCUAAACAGGACUCUGCAGCGGAAGUCCAUCACUCGGCAUGGCUCUCUCUCUUCUUCCCGUGUGUCCAGAACAGAGCCGACUGCCACGAUGGAUGACAUGGCCUUGCCUCCACCCCCACCGGAACUGCUUGCAGACCAGCAAAAGACUGGCAGCUAUGGAGGCAGUCAUAUAUCAGGCUAUGCAACGUUGCGGAGGGGGCCACCGCCUGCUCCCCCCAAAAGGGAUCAGAACACCAAGCUGUCUAGGGACUGGUAAUCACUAGGUGAACUCUAUUUUGCGUGACUUUCAGUCAAUUCUACAAUCAGCAAAUCUGUACUUUGUGUGGAGAGAGAACAUGUGGCUUGUGCGAUAACAUGAGGAAGACGUGGUCACCCACUGUCACCAAGGGUAACUGUAUGCAUUCCCCUUCAGAACUAGUCCAAAAAGUUUGAGGGUUUGGGUUUGACUAUUUCAAGGGUGUGGAGGGGCAUUGUCCUCUCCCUUGCAAUUUCUUUUAUCCUUCAUAUGGAUUGGACCAAAAACCUUUCUUACUUUUUUCUGCAUUUAAGAAAGAAAAGAAAUUUUUUGUAGUGUCUGUCCAUGUGAGAUAAGUUUGUGCAUGUAUUAUAAAUGUAGUUAUAUAAUAGAUUGUGAUAUAUUACGUCGCAGUUAUAGAAGAUAACCAGAAUGUUUUUGUAGCUCUGUAUUUAUUGUUUCAGUCCACUGACGUAUAUAUUACUCGGAAUUGGACUCUAACCAGUCAAACCUUUACAUGAAGAUGAAGAUGUAGGGGGCACUUUAAAUCAAAAAAAGCAUCUUUUAGCAGUUUGUGACGGGUAAAUGGUACAGAACUGAAGCAUUCUGUCAGUAUCUGUACAUUUUCAAUUGAUUGAAAAUACAGACACAACAUACCAAAACAUUCUGGUCGUAAUACUACUGAAAAUAAAUACAUUUUGAGCAAAAAAAAAAAAAA